CGACCUUGCGCCGCCCGGCUCUUAAGCCCUCGUCAGCUUUUUCUCCCCGGCGCGUGGGCGGCGCCAUUUUGCGUUACGGACGGAGAGAGGCGGGAAAAGGGGCCGCGGGGCCUUGCGGCCGUACUCCUUCCUUCCUUCCCUCCAUUUUUUUUUUUUUAGGUGUCUUCAUAAAAUGCCCGCCGCGCGCCUCGUCUCCCCUCCCCCCCCCCGCUCCAAGAUGGCGUCGAUGCGGGAGAGCGACACCGGCCUGUGGCUGCACAACAAGCUGGGCUCGGCGGACGAGCUGUGGGCGCCGCCCAGCAUCGCCUCGCUGCUCACGGCCUCGGUGGUGGACAACAUCCGCCUCUGCUUCCACGGCCUCUCGUCGCCCGUCAAGCUCAAGCUCCUGCUGGGGAUGCUGCACCUGCCUCGCCGCGCCGUGGACGAGGUGAGGCGAAGGGAGAGACCCCCGAGGAGGCCGCCCACCCCCCAAACAGCCAUGAGGGAAGCCUGGACACCCCCCCCCCGGGGACGGGCCCCGGCGCCCCUCAGUCGUCGCUUCGGCCCCCCCCCCCGGGGUGGGCGCCGCUUCCUCCUGCCCCCCGAGGCCCAUUGGGGAAGGGGGGGUCCCCUCCUCCGCCCCAGGGGUGGGACAGGGGGCUCGGGGGGACGCACAUCCCAUCGCCGCACACACGCGCCGUAGGGAAAAGGUGACAGUCCUGCAUCGUCUCCCGCCGAGGCAGACGGGGGCCAACGACAACAAGACACACACCCAUAUAGACACGCGCCAAGAAAGGGCUCGAAGCUAUUCCUGAGGUCCGUUGCAGCCAGACCUGCAAGGGGGGUUUUCCUCCUUCACCCGGGUGGGCUGCACUUCCUAAUUGAGUGAUCUUUUAUUUACACACACACACUUUUCCCGAGGUCCUUUGCUCACCCUAAGGUUCACUUUCGAAGGGGUGGGCUGCACUUCCUAACUGAGUGAUCUUUUAUUUAUUUACACACACACACACACACACACACACACACAUAUAUAUAUAUAUAGACAACCAAACACACAAAUGCUCAAACUUUUCGCGAGGUCCUUUGCUUACCCAAAGGUGCACUUUCAAAGGGCUGGGCUGCAGUUCCUAAUUGAGUGAUCUUUUAUUUAUUUACACACACACACACAUACACAUUUAUAUAUAGACACCCAAACACACAAAUACUCAAACUUUUCCCGAGGUCCUUUGCUUACUUUGAGGUGCACUUUCGAAGGGGUGGGCUGCACUUCCUCAUAGAGUGAUUUUUUAUUUAUACACACACAGACACACAAAUACUCAAACUUUUCCCGAGGUCCUUUGCUUACAAUGAGGUGCACUUUCAAAGGGCUGGGCUGCAGUUCCUAAUUGAGAGAUCUUUUAUUUACACACACACACUUUUCCCGAGGUCCUUUGCUCACCCUAAGGUUCACUUUUGAAGGGGUGGGCUGCACUUCCUAACUGAGUGAUCUUUUAUUUAUUUACACACACACACACACACACACACAUAUAUAUAUAGACAACCAAACACACAAAUGCUCAAACUUUUUGCGAGGUCCUUUGCUUACCCAAAGGUGCACUUUCAAAGGGCUGGGCUGCAGUUCCUAAUUGAGUGAUCUUUUCUUUAUUUACACACACAUACACAUUUAUAUAUAGACACCCAAACACACAAAUACUCAAACUUUUCCCGAGGUCCUUUGCUUACUUUGAGGUGCACUUUCGAAGGGGUGGGCUGCACUUCCUCAUAGAGUGAUUUUUUAUUUAUACACACACAGACACACAAACACAAAUUUUCCCGAGGUCCUUUGCUUACCAUGAGGUGCACUUUUGAAGGGGUGGGCUGCCCUUCCUUAUUGAAUGAUCUUUUAUUUAUACACAUACACACACACAAACAAACACACACAUACAAAUACGCAACCUUUUCCCGAGGUCCUUUGCUUACCAUGAGGUGCACUUUUGAAGGGGUGGGCUGCCCUUCCUUAUUGAAUGAUCUUUUAUUUAUACACAUACACAAAAACACACACAAAUACUCAAAACUAUUCCCAAGGUCCAUUGCAGCAAACCUGCAAUAUGGGUUUUCCUUGUUCACAGGGGUGGGCUGCAAUUCCUCAUUGACCGAUCUCUUAUUUAUACACACCCACAAACACACAAAUACUCACAAUAUUCCUGAGGUCCACCUGGCUGGGUUUUUUUUACCCCCUUUUCCAAAGCAAGGCUCCAUAAGUUGUGACCUUUUAAUCGGAUAAGGCAAAAUGUUAAACUCUGGACGAUACCCUGAGAGAAUGCACUCUUGUUUCCGAAUUUUUUACAAGUGCUUUUGGGGGAGGGGAAAUCGGAUGGAGAUGUGCUUAAUUCUUUGGGGGGGGGGAUAUUAGUAGACAGUAGGCACUAGGUGAGUCAACAGAAAUCACUGCCUGCUUCUGCCAUAUCACAUCACCGAUGUACGUUCAGUCUGGCCCAGCCCAUCUCUUGCAAGAGUUUGAAGCAAGAUCCCUUCCCAACUUCAUCCCAGACUUGGUUUAUGCAUGCAGUGGAGCUGAGUGCUAGUGCUUUACUUGGGCUGUUCUGCUUAAGACCACAGAAAGGUGUUGGUUUACCGUAUUUUUCGCUCUAUAAGACACACUUUUCCCCUCCUAAAAAGUAAGGGGAAAUGUUUGUGCGUCUUAUGGAGCAAAUGCAGGCGGGAGGCUCUGCUCAGCGCUCCCUUUAAAGAGCCAUGUGGAGCGUGUGUGUGGCUCUUUAAAGGGAGCGCGGCUCUUGGGGGAGCCUUAGCCUCUCCCGGGCAGGGGAUGAAGGCUCCACUUGUCCGGGAGAGGCUGUGCACGGCUAAGUCAGAAGCCAGGACUGCCAGCAGGAUUGCUGCGCUGCGAUCCCGCUGGCUCUCCUGGCUUCUUGCUUAGCUGCGUAGCUUCCCUGGUUGGGAGAGGCUGCACGCAGCUAUCCCAUAAGCCAGAACAGCAAGCGGGAUUGCUGCGCUGUCCUGGCUUAUGGGAUUCAGAAUAUCUUUUUUCUUGUUUUUCUCUUCCAAAAACUAAGUGCGUCUUAUGGUCUGCUGCAUCUUACAGAGCGAAAAAUACGGUACUUUUCAUACAGCUUCAGGGAAAGACUCCAUACAAAUGUCUGAAUUGAUCCCAUGAGCAUCUGCUUCUCACUCAACCCUCCAAAUGUCUCCCUUCCAGAGAGGAGCACACCCUUUUGCUGAAAGCAGUAGGCACUUUUCUGAAGUGUGUGUGUGUGCAACAAACCAAAUUUUGGAAAAGGAAACCUUGGUUUAUUGAAACGAAAGGAUAAAAGCACAUAAAUCACAUAGUGCAAUGUUACGACAAAUUUAUGUAUGGCAACACAGGCAUCUUUAAAAUUGCAAAGGCCCACUAGAAAACUCUGCUACUGUUUGUAGGCAUGGGCUCUGGCAGUACAUUUAUUUAAUACUGGCUUGGGAGUGUAAUAUUUAUUAAAGUCUUUAUGACUGCUUUAGAGAGGAAUUCCCAUUUUUAGCUAGUAUUGAUUUGCUGGUCGUAACUGGGAAGUAAGGUCUAGUGCUACAGGGUGUGAUUUCCAAAUGGCUUAUGAGCCACAUCCCAGGAUUAUGUGAACUUCCAAACCCAAUGGUUUGUUUCAGUGGGUUCCAGCAUUCUUACUCUACGUAGUAUUGUACUUUUAGGUUGAUGCAAGAUCAUUUUGAAGCAUUGCUCUACUAGUAUGGGUAUGCAUUACCAUUUCUGCUGUUGGGGCAUUGGUGAUUGUUUCCAUGGGGAAAACAAACUACCAGAUAUAUUGAUAGGUCCAGAAAAUAGAUAGGUAACCAUUCAGAGGAAAGCUGGAAGUAAAUACUAGUGGUGAUGUGCCUCAGUCAACUGCAGUUACUGGCAGCCGUAGUAACUGAUUUGAGCAUCCCAGUUUUUGUGAGCUAGAGAUAUUGCUAGCAUCCUUUCCAGGUGCAUGAAUGCACCUGGGGAAACAUGCUAAAUGGUACUAAAUAGUUGCUAGAGCAGUGAAAGCAUACUGAUUUGCAACUAAAUAGAGCUUUCCCACAAUCUAGAAGCAGAAUCCAAAACCUUUGGUUUUGCAGUUGCAUGUCUUUUGCACUGCAGUUACGUCUCAGAAGCAAAAGGCAGAUUUCUGUCUAAGCAGCAUCACUUUUAAGGCUGCAGUUUCAUGCACUUACUUUCUUUUUUUUUAAAAAAAUGAUAUUUAUUAAGAAUUUUAAAAUUACAGGAAAAACAAAGAGAAAAAGAAGGGGAAAAAAACAAAAAAAAAAACAGGAGAAAAACAAACCACAAUCAAACAAUACAAAUUGAUAAAAAUCAAAAUCAAAAAACAACAACAAAACACGUAACACAUCACAAUCAAAAAGCAAAAAUAAACCACAAAAAUUUAAAAACAAAUCCAAUAUUCCCAAAUCCUUAACUGUCAUUACCUUAUUUCAUCGACCUCCUCACUCCUCCCUUUUUGUAUUCUAGUUGUUAAUUAUCACAGCAAAUCCUUUCCAUUUUUCAUAGUAUUCUGUCAUUAAAUUACCUUAAUCUAUUUUAAUCUUAUCUUACUAUAAAAGACCCUAAAACUUUAAAACUUAGAUCUUAUUUAUACCAAUUUCUCAUAACCAUAACAUAUUCUUACAUAAUUCUUUUAACGUUUCUGCUAAAGCCAAAUAAUUUCAUUCCAACAUCUUUCUAACAUUCAUCAAUUUUAUAAAACAAUCCUAAUAAAAAUUUUUAAAACUUUCUUCCAAUCUUCAUCCAACGUCUCUUCCUCCUGGUCCCGGGUUUUGUCAGUCCUUUCUAUCCCAUCCAUCUAGCUCAUUAACCUGGUAAUCUUAUGUCCGAGGCCCUUAAGUCCCUUCCAUGUCCCUUCCGCAGAUCUUCUUCAUAUUUAUACCUGUACUUUACUUUGUCUCCUGCUCCUUUCACUUGUGGAAACUCCAACUUGACAGUAUUUUUGUCCCUUCUCGACAAAUCAGCCCCUUUUCCAUAGUCCACACUAAACUCCAUGUGGUAUUUAAAAACAUGUUUCAAAGUCCCUCCAGUGUUAAGAACCCCCACAACCCCAAACAUCUCACGGCCCAUUGCCAGACUUGAAGAGUCAAAACAUCCCUGCAUAGGGGGGUCUAUCCAACCCCCCAUUUCCAAACCAAACUCUAUCUCUCCAAAUCUGGCUUUUUCCAAGUUCAUUUGUCAGAUCCAACAACUCAUGUUCCUGCUGGGCCACAGCUCCCUCUAUCUCUGCCACCCGAGGUCCAGCAACAUCCUCCUCCCUCAUCUGAUCUGUCAGAGCACACUCCUGAGUUGAUUCCUGGGUGGGUUCUAAAUAGUUACCCACUACCUGUCCAAAAUUUCUGAUCGCAACAGUCAACAGUUCUCAUGUAACUGUUCCAAUAAGGCACUUGUUUUACAGAAAGCACGCACCAGAGCUUCUGAAUACAUUGUUAUACAAGGUCAGAAGUCUGUUCCCACGAUCUUAAAUUGUUGCAGCUGCAGAGCUCCCCGGUUCAAAUUUAGUAACAGUUUCACAGGCUCCCUCUAGGGGAAGAACUUCCAUUUGUAUCCAUCUCUUUUCUUUUUCUUUUAAAAGCAGAUCUAACAACAAAGUUUCCCUUUUCAGAUAUUUUGUCAAUAUUUGUUCAUUUAAAAUGCGAAGGAGAACAAUGGAAUCACUAUGUUUCUCUUCUUUUAUCUGACUGUCAAAGACGUUUGUCUAUAGUCAAUGAACUUCCCAAGAACGUCAGUCCUGACACCCCGCUCCCAGGUUCGAGACGGUGGAAAAUUACUUUUCUUACACUCUCUUCUGCAGGUUUAAGCAGUCCGGAAAAAUUCCCCCCUCUUCUCCUGCUUCCGAAGGGGGUUCAACAAUUUUAGAUGAUGGAAGUUAAUCCUUUACAAACGAUUUUCUGAACUCUAGUUUGCCAUGUCUUUGCUUUAAUCUGUCUACAAGAAACGGAAGGCUGACUUCCUGUUUAGACCUUCCCGUUUCAGUGCCAAAUUAAAAAGAAUUUCUUAGUCCAAUUUUCCUUUCUACUCACAAGUCGUUGUUUAAAGUCCAAUUGUCCGAAAUUAAGCUACUCACGGGUAGUUGUUUUAGUAGCCAAAUUGUCCCAGGAAAAAGGCAGCGCUCUCUGGCAACGGCUGUGCGGCUUCGCUCCACGGAAGAAGCAGUUGACUCUCAGCACCGCGCCACUAGCCCCUCUUCGUUCCGGACCCCGUAACUGGGUUCCUUUACGAGUUGGGGGGGCGUGAAAGGUGCCCGAGUCCCAUGGUCACAGGCUUCAUCCGCCUGUGAUUUUUCAAAGGGUCCCCGCUUCGCCGUAGUGGGAAAGACCCGUUUUCCAUGGAGCCGGUCCCUCCGGAUCAGAGGGAAUCCGCCAUUACCGAUGGCGCCACCCCGGAAGUCGCCCAUGCACUUACUUUCAAAUACGUGUGCAUGAACCACUGAAACAACUGGGCCUCUCUUUGUAGUAAAUGCACAUAGGAAACGGUAUGUGAAUCUGGUCUGGGACCGUAAUAAAUUUCAUUUCAUUUCAAUGCACUUAGGAACUUUCUGGAUUCAGUAAAACUGGUCUCUGUCCUACAGCUUGACAUGUGACAGCUUGGCACCUGCACUUUGACAUCUCCAGUAAUGCUCCCAACAUAUGCCACAUGUGUAAUACCAAAAUAUGCAAGAAAGGUCCUAAUUCUAAUUCCCAACAUUUUUUAUUGCUGAAUCUCAAAACAAUCCCUCAAGCUGAAACUGUAUUGCCACCUGCUGAGCUUUUUUUGAGCAGGAACUUGAACCUAAGGAUUCCCCAUUCUUAGAAAAUGUGUGCGUAGGAAUCCAGUGGAUCAUCAGAUCCAGUGCCUUAGUCUGGAACAGGUUGCCUGCUGCAUAGUCUGUUAAGGUUAGAUGAGCAGGCAUCUGUAUGCAAAGAAAGGUUCACAGGUAUCCCUAGUCACCUUAUAUUGAUCUGAUUUAUACACUGUUCCUUGCCCUAUCCUCAGAAGAGAGGGAGAAUUGUUUCUUCUCUGUAAUGCUUUCAUUUUAUAUAGAUCACCUAACUCCCUUAGCACUCCAUUUUGCUUCAAAGUCUAUUUUUCAUUUGUGUAAAGCUUCUGAACUUUUCCAAUACUGGUCAUACCUCUUUGUGUCAAAAGCUGAAUAUAGUAAUCUUAAGUAUGGCAUCACAGAUCUUCUCUACAACCAUGUGACUCUCCUUGGACUUGAUAACAAUGCAUUUGUUAAUACUAUCCACAGUUUAAGAAUAUUUAUGUAACUUUUCAUUAACACAUCUCCCAAUUUUUCAGCUUAUACUGUAUGAUUGCUUUAAAUUGUUUGUCCUUAACAGGAUUUUAUCAUAUAUUUCCUUUUUCUAAUCAAGCUUGGUUUUGUUCUAAAUUGGAGCUAUGUUGUAAUAAUUGUGAUUCUUCCUGCUCUGACUUUUAAAAAGCAAAUCUGUAGCUUUUUUUUUUUUUUAAUGUGCCUCUCAAAUAUCUGUCAUUGCCGAAAGUGAAAUACCUGGGGAUUAACAUGACAGCUAAAAAUGGGAAUCUAUUUAAAGACAAUUAUGAAAAAUGUUGGGCUGAAGUGAAAAAAGAUUAAAAAUUUGGUCAAACCUGAAGCUUUCACUGUUAGGCCGUAUUGCUGCGAUAAAAAUGAAUGUAUUGCCUAGAAUGUUGUUUUUGUUUCAAACAUUGCAAGUUUUGGACAAAAUGGACUGUUUCAAGAAGUGGCAGAGAGAUAUUUCUAGAUUUGUCUGGCAGGGCAAGAAGCCCAGAAUAAAAUUCAAAAUAUUAACGGAUGCAAAGGAAAGAGGUGGAUUUGCCCUGCCAGACCUUAAACUCUAUUAUGAAUCAGCAGCUUUUUGCUGGCUGAAAGAAUGGCUGCUUCUUGAAAACACAGACAUUUUGGACUUAGAAGGUUUCAAUAAUGUAUUUGGAUGGCAUGCAUAUUUGUGGUAUGACAAAGUCAAAGCACAUAAAGCAUUUAAGAAUCAUAUUGUCAGGAAAGCAUUGUUUAAUGUCUGGAUAAGAUAUAAGGAUUUAUUGGAAAAUAAAACCCCAAGGUGGUUGUCACCGAUGGAAGCGAAAGCACUGAAAAAGCUCAAUAUGGAGGCCAAAUGGCCGAAAUAUUGAGAAAUUCUGGAACAAGAGGGAGACAGAUUGAAACUGCAGAGUUUUGAGAAACUAAAAAACAAAGUGCGAGAUUGGCUUCAUUAUUAUCAGAUAAUGGAGGCAUAUAAUUCCGACAAGAAAAUUGGCUUCCAGGUGGAAAAAUCAAAAUUAGAAACAGAACUGUUAGAACCCAAAACUAAGACUUUAUCAAAGAUGUAUAACUUGCUGUUGAAAUGGAAUACUCAGGAUGAAACGGUGAAAUCUGCUAUGAUUAAAUGGGCACAAGACGUUGGACAUAACAUAAUGAUGGCUGACUGGGAACAGUUAUGGACCACAGGUAUGAAGUUUACGGCAUGCAAUGCCUUAAGAGAGAAUAUUAUGAAAAUGAUAUACAGGUGGUACAUGACAUCAGUCAAGCUUGCAAAAAUCUAUCAUUUGCCCGAUAAUAAAUGUUGGAAAUGUAAAGAAAACGAAGGUACAUUCUUUCACCUUUGGUGGACGUGCCCAAGGAUUAAGGCUUUCUGGGAGAUGAUCUAUAAUGAAUUGAAAAAGGUAUUUAAAUAUACCUUCUUGAAGAAACCAGAGGCCUUUCUCCUGGGCAUAGUCGGCCAAUUGGUGUUAAAGAAAUAUAGAACUUUCUUUAUGUAUGCCACAACAGCAGCAAGAAUACUUAUUGCAAAGUAUUGGAAGACACAAGAUCUACCCACUCUGGAAGAAUAGCAGAUGAAGGUGAUGGACUACAUGGAAUUGGUGGAAAUGACUGGCAGAAUCCGAGACCAGGGAGAAGAGUCGGUGGAAGAAGAUUGGAAGAAAUUUAAAGACUAUUUACAGAAAUAUUGUAAAAUUAAUGAAUGUUAGAUGAUGCUAGAAUGAAAUUAAGUGGUUCUAGUAGCAAUGUCAUAAAGGUGUAUGUAAAAAUGGGGUUAAUAGGUGAGAAUCUAAAGUUAUAAAAUAUUAAGUUAAAGGACUAAGAUAUAAACAAAGAGGAAAGGAAUUGCUGAAUUAACCAAUUGAACUGGAAUACAAAAAAGGGAGGUGAGAGGAGGUCAGAGAAGCAAGGAAAUGAAAUGUAAGAUACGGAAGGAUUAAUUUGUUUUUAAGUCUUUCUUUCUUACAUUUUAUCUGUACUUUGUAUUUUGUAUGUUUUUCUCUCUUUUUUAUAUAUUUUUCCUUGUAUCUUUUUUCUUUAAUUAUGUAAUUUUUUGUUUUUGAAAUUUUAAUAAAUAUCAUUUAAAAAACAACAACACAAAUAUCUGUCAUUGCAGUACCCUAUACAGUGGUACCUCAGGUUACAUACGCUUCAGGUUACAGACUCCGCUAACCCAGAAAUAGUACCUCGGGUUAAGAACUUUGCUUCAGGAUGAGAACAGAAAUCGUGCUGCAGCGGGAGGCCCCAUUAGCUAAAGUGGUGCUUCAGGUUAAGAACAGUUUCAGGUUAAGAACGGACCUCCGGAAUGAAUUAAGUACUUAACCCUAGGUAUCGCUGUACAGUGGUACCUCUGGAUGCGAACGGAAUCCGUUCUGGAGCCCCGUUUGCAUCCUGAGCAGAAUGCAACCGGUGUCUGCGCAUGCGCGGGUCACGAUUCACCGCUUCUGCGCAUGCACGUGACGUCAUUUUGAGCGUCUGCAUGCGCGAGUGGCAGAACCCAGAAGUAACCCGUUCUGUUACUUCUGGGUCGCCUGCGGAAUACAACCUGAAAACGCUCAACCCGAAGCUACUUUAACCCGAGGUAUGACUGUAUAAUGGACCGUGUUUUUUUAUUUUUUAUAAAAUGGACCGUGUUGGAGUAACAUUUAGUUUAAAUGGUUUGUAUUCCGUUUAAGUAGAGGAAAAUCGUUCCUCACUGUGCAACAAAGUAUUAUUUAACCUCUGUUGUUCAGAAAAAAAUAGAAGACCUCAUUGCUAUUUAAGUGAUAUCAGGGUGUGGCUGGGGCUGGCUCAAAACGUUUUGCUAUCUGAGACCUCCCCCUGUGCACUCAUGCCUGCUUCUGAGACCUGCUAUAGAAAAAUUUUGCCGCUGCAUUUGGGGCAGCAGCGUGGGCAUUCCUAGACUCUUUGAGACUCUCUUACUUGUGAGGAAGUGUCCUUCUUCACAGGGAGAGAAAUUGUGGGUGAGAUGACCAGAGAGCACCUGUGCCUUUGCCAUUUGUGACAAAUACCGUUUAAAGUUUCACAGUUUACUCGUACUAAACUUUAAACAGGCACAUUUGGGGGGCAGCCUCGCUGUAAGGAAGGGCAUCUGCUUUGGAGACAGGGCUGUAGAAGUGCUGCCACCCAUUUUCCUUCAGUGGUCAGUGUACAGAUGUAGGGAUGGGCAAAUUUGCCUCUGUAUUCCCUACUCCUUACUCUACAUCUUUUACCCCAGCGAAUGUGAGCUACAGGUUUGGUCUAUUCAGUAAAGUUUUGAGAAAGCAGCUCUUAAUGUGCUUUGAACAUUCCACUCUUGAUUUGCCUUCUCUCUUCAUUUUUGUUAGAUGAAAAAUGCGCUGACAGAAAUCAUCCAGCUUGCGACCUUGGAUCCGGACCCCUGGGUCUUAAUGGUGGCCGAUAUCUUGAAAUCAUUUCCCGAUAUAGGUUCCCUGAACCUUGAUCUGGAAGAGCAGAAUCCCAAUGUUCAGGAUAUUUUAGGAGAACUGCGAGAAAAAGGUAGGUAAAUUUCAUGUAAAUUCCUGUGAAAUUGUUGUAUUGUGUUUGCUUGGUAAAUUGUGGAUUGGGCUAUGUUUAGAUUAAUAGAUUAAUCCUGUGUUUCUCAGGAUGUAGGAGUAGGAUUGCCAGGUGUUCUGGGUCUGAGGCUCAGAGGAAAGAUUUUUGGAGGUGGAACCUUAGGGGAGUUCAAAGGGAGCAUUUGACAGAAAAUGUCACCCACCCGAGGGGCAGAGCAUGAUUGCAGAGUUGGAAGGGACCAUGAGUAUCAUCUAGUCCAGGAGUAGGUAACCUAAGGCCCAUGGGCCAGAAGCAGCCCACGGGGGUUGUUUAACUGGCCCACAAGCCGCCCCUGAACUGAGUCACCUGCUUGCUGAGUCGCUGCGUGCUGCGCUAAACCGGCAUGGUGUGGCGUGGGGACUUUCUUCUGCAGCGCUGGAAAUCACGUCUGCGCAGACGCCGUAAAUUGCAGAUGCAGACAUCGGAAAUUGCGGACGCACACGCACGCGCAAUCCGGCCACAGAAGGAUCUCCGCCGGAAUGAACUGGCCCAGGCGAGGUAAACCUUGCCGACCCCUGAUCUAGUCCAACCCCCUGGAAUGCAGGAAUAUUUCACCCAACGUGGGGUUCGAACCCACAACCCUGAGAUUAAGGGUCUCAUGUUCUGCUGGCUCAGUUAUGCCUCAAGAUAUGUCUGACGGGUAAAGCCCAAGGGAUGUGAGAUGGUGCUAAUAUUUAAGGGUCAGAUUUAAGGUGCUGGUUUUGACCUUUAAAGCCCUUCACGGCCUAGGACCCUCGUACCUAUGGGACCGCCUCUCCCGGUAUGCCCCACGGAGAGCCUCAAGGUCCAUAAAUAGCAACGCCCUAGAGGUCCCGGGCCCUAAGGAAGUUAGAUUAGCUUCAACCAGAGCCAGGGCCUUUUCAAAACUGGCUCCAGCCUGGUGGAACGCUCUGCCUCAUGAGACCAGGGCCCUGCAGGAUCUGAUUUCUUUCCGCAGGGCCUGUAAGACAGAGUUGUUCCGCCUGGCCUUUGGCUUGGAGCCAAUUUGAUUCCCUCCCCCUCUUUCUUUUUUCUUUUUCCUUUUUCCUUUCUCCUCCUGUGAUGAGGCUGCAUUUUAAUAUUUUAAUGUUGUAUUUUAAUCUUGUUUUUAAGUUGUAUUCAUUCAACUUGUUUUUAUUAUUGCUUGUUAGCCGCCCUGAGCCCAGCUUUGGCUGGGGAGGGCGGGGUAUAAAUAAAAAUUAUUAUUAUUAUUUAUUAAUAUAGCCUGUGCUCUUGCCACUUUUCCUUGAGACUGAAAAGGAGGCUAAAACCCCAUACCUGGUCAGCUUAUCAGACCUGGCCCACUUAUGAGGCAAGGUGAGAGACCCGCCAGUGGAAAAGGGGCGUUGGCAGCAGCACUGAAAUAUCGCAAGAUUUCAGUGAGAUCCCACUGGAAGCCAGUGCUUUGUGGGCGCUGCCACAACACAGGUGAGAGAAGCCCAUUGUUGGCAGGGGGGCAGCACAGUUCUGUUUCACUGCUUGAUGAGCCUCUCCUGCAGCUUACACAUUGGGGGAGGGCUGCUCCAAAAUAUAAAUCUCUUUGCACAACAAGUUGCCUGAAUUGAUGAGUGUAAAUCAGGGUAGGGAGCCUCUGCCCCAUGGUCCAAAGUUCACCCAGCGCAAGUAUCACAGGAAGCCGUUUUCCCCAAGCCAUGCACUCCUGUCCCUAAAUGUGACCUCUGGUGCAAGACAAAGCCGGCUCAGCUGCACAGCUGAAUUACACGUGGGGAACUCAGCCGAUCUCUGGAGAAAGCUGGGAUGAAGUCAUGGGCCAUCAGUAGUCCAAGCCUGCUGGAUUAGCUGUGCAAGUGAGCUCCCCAUGGGGAACGUGAUGGGCAAAAUAACUUGAGGAAAUGGAGAAAACGUUUGGUCUUUCAAGUUGGGAGGAAGAUGUAGUUGUCUGCCCAAAGGACGAACGCUUUUCUUAAUGUUGGUUCUUACAGGAACUCAUUUCCUGUGUGUUUUCUGAUUACAUAGUGAGUGAAUGUGAAUCGUCAGCUAUGCUGCCGCUGGAGUGCCAGUACUUAAAUAAGAACGCCUUGACCACGUUGGCUGGACCACUUACUCCUCCGGUGAAGCACUUCCAGCUGAAACGUAAACCAAAAAGCGCUACUCUCCGAGCAGAGCUGCUGCAGAAGUGUAAGUAUCAAGGCACCUGUUAAGAAAAACACCAGAGGAAUAGCCUCAAUAUUGUACAGUAUUUGAAAAAGAUGCAACAUGCACAGUAGAAUUUGAGAUGCUGAAACCAGUCUUGGAGGAAGUCUUGAUGCUUUGUAGUCUAGAACUUUGAGCCCCACCAUUCUCCCCCUACCCAAUCUCUCUCUCUUUAAAAAAGAUAAAUGUAGAACAGUGAAUUUUGACAGCUUUACGUUUUUCUUCUUUCGCUUCUGAUUUUCAGGCUGCACACCUUAAAAUUUCCCUUUGUUCUACAGAGUUGUUUAAAGGGGCAAGAAUCAUGUCAUGUGUGUGAAGGGAAAAGGCAGGCAUGCACAAUACAAAAGGUCCUUUGGAAUGGGUGGGCUGAGAGCUGGUGGCACUGAUCAAUAUCAACAUAUUUUAGAAUGAAAAAUGUGCAGGUACCCUAGGACCAGGGGUUCUUCCAGUUCCAGGUAUAGCACUAAAAAGGGGGAAGCUCUGUAUGUAAAUCCAGUCUGUGCAUUAUUGAGCGGUAUGAUUUCUUUCCGGAGAGGGUCAAGUUUUAAUUGUUCCAUGAAGAGCCCUGUUUAAGAAUGACUUGAUAUGUUUUCCUGGUGGAGUAUUAAUUAGAAUUAUUUUUUGUAGCUACUGAAACUGCACAGCAGCUCAAGAAGACAGCUGGAGUGCCUUUCCAUGCCAAAGGAAGAGGGCUAGUCAAAAAGAUCGAUACAACAAGUAGGAUUUUAAUUUUCUUUUAGAUCUAAGAGACACGUAUAUAUGCAAAGCAUGAAACAGCUAUUUUGAAGGAUAUAUAUAUAAAGAGAGAGAUAGAUAGAUAGAAUGAGUAUUUAAUCUUGCAGUCACACACCCCCUUUCUUGAAUAAUACCUUUGUGUUAUCUUAGAACAUUGAAAUUCCCACAUUUUUAUUUAAUCAAUGCUAGGCAUUUCUUGUUCUUCUAAAAUAUUUUAUUGACUUAUUUUUAAAAAGUGCAAAGAUAACAAAAAGAAAGAAGAUAAAGAAUAAAAAAAUGCGAAAACAUAAAACUUUGCAGUCUAGAAGGACAAAAGUGCAAAGAUACAGCACAGGGAUAAUAAAGUAUUAAGUCAUUCAAAGAUUCCCUUAUAAAAUAAUAAAGAUAUAUAAAAAAUAAAAGUAUUCUCCACAUGUGAGUUAAAUCAUUAUUGAGUAUUAAGUUCUAUAAAGUCUUAGAUGAGCCAGAAGUUUGCAUAUAUUGGUGGCACCAAGCGAUCUUGUGCCUCAAUAUUCAUAGAAGAAUUCUGAUAGCAAAGAGAUACUUUUGGUGUAUGAGAUACCUUUUUCAAGAAGGGUAAUUUGUCAAGCACUGUUUCUAGGCCUUGCAGGUAAGCCUGAAAAUGGUUAACAAACUUUCUUGGUGGCCCCCUGUGAAAAAUGUUGCUGCCUCUGGGUUUUGAUCGUGUCACCAAAUUGGGAUUUUCAGUAGCAUUUUGUCAUUCAGUGGUAUAUUAUUAAAAGAUAAAUAGCCAUGUGAGGUUUUGGAAUACUGGAAAACCAAGUUCUGCAUUAGCGUUCUACAAGUGUUCCACAGAAUAUUGAAAUAAAUCACAUAUGCUUCUUUUCAAGAAUCAUAUCCUGUCUCCUAGAAGGUACUGUAGGCAAACAUGCAAUUGGAGGUUUUAGCGUUUUUAUCUCCAAAGGUGAAAGAGCAAUUAACUGUCUGGCUACUCAGAUUAAAUGCUGUCCUAAAAGUAGAUUUAAAAUAAAAGUUGGGUUGUCUAAAAGUAUGGGAGGGGAGGAUGAGGAAUGUAGCUUGGUGAAAGCUUUUCAUGCAAGUUAAUGUUCAGGAAUCCUACUUGUGCUUUUGUGGUUCUGGCAAUAGUAUUAAGUGUAAUUGGCUAUUCCCAGAAAAGGAAUUCCUCUUUUCACAUUUCCUUGCCUUCUGUUACCUUUUCUUUCUGAAUUUUUCUGUUUUAUAUUUCAUGGCAACAUCUUUUCAUGCAAUCCAGGCAUCAACCGUAUUUACCUAGACAGGUGCUCUGUAUCUCUGCAGCUUAUUUCUUUUUCCCCAUACUCAGUCCAUGUAUUUUCAUUGCUGCGGUUCCUCUGUGAUUCUUGCCCCUUUCUCUCUCUCUCUCUCUCUCUCUCUCUCUCUCUCUCUCUAACUCUUCUUUUACUGCAGCAGAAAUUACUAUUGCUGCUGCUUCUCUCACAGAAGAACAAUUCCAGCCAUAAGCUGCAGUGUUACAACCUGGGAAGAAUUUUUCCCCAUAGACAAGAUUAGCCAGCAACUCCAGUAGAGGUGAAAUGUCAUCUUUCCUUUAUGGACCAUUUCACUUGCUUAAUUAAGCCAGCCAUGAUCGCUCAGCCUAUCUCUGGUUGCCUGGGAUUUGGCUCACAGCUGCAUGUUGUGAUUUCAGUAAUAACAGUCUGAAUACUGACUGUCCUGUCUCUAUACUGGGAACUGAACUUUCUGAGACCUUGAUAUCUAGGGCACAGUCAUACCCCCCCCCUUCACUGAUGAGCAUAUUUCACUCUUACGUAUACAGAAUAAUGAGCAAGCAUUGCCAUUACAAUGGUACCUUGGUUCUCAAACUUAAUCCAUUCCAGAAGUCCGUUCCAAAACCAAAGCGUUCCAAAACCAAGGGGCGCUUUCCCAUAGAAAGUAAUGCAAAAUGGAUUCAUCCGUUCCAGACUUUUAAAAACAACCCCUAAAGCAGCAAUUCCACAUGAAUUUUCCUAUCUAACAAGACCAUUGGUCCAUAAAAUGAAAGCAAUAAACAAUGUACUGCUGUCACACAAUCAGUCAGUAGCUGAACUGGAUUCCACACAGUCACACACCAAAAAAGAGCCACAAAAACACAAAAUAAAUAGCAAAAACAGACAAACCUCAGCGUAACACUCCAAACGAAAGUGUGGCACUCAAAAUGGAAGUAUGGCACUCAAAUUGUCAGCGUAACACUCCAAACGGAAGUGUGGCACUCAAAUCGGAGCAAGUUUGCCUUCCGAAAAGUGUUCGCACACCGGAACAUUUACUUCUGGGUUUGCAGUGUUUGGGUUCCAAGGUGUUUGAGAACCAAGGUGUUUGAGAGCCAAGGUACCACUGUACAACUACAGGUAAUCUGCUUCCAAGCACCCUGCCUCCCCUUUGCCCAGCUACCAUGAUCUCUGGGCACUGUAGAUGCUUAUAGGUUCAGGUGUACUGAAGGCUGCAUUACAGAGAAUCCUGCCACAUCCUCUCUUUUUGAACGAAGUAGCCUAUCCACAUGCUGGAAUAUAUUGUUGUAUUGCCUCAGGGGGUUGCAGGGUGCAUUCUUCUCAGAUCUCUUUAUACUUGGGCUCUCCAAAUGGAAUAGGCACUGGCUGUGUUGAUUCCAGGAAAAAGCAAAGUUGCUUUGUUCAUUCAUUCAUUCAUUCAGUCCAUUUAUACCUCAGCUUUCCUCCAAGGAGCUCAAAGUAGUGUAGAUGGUUCUCCCUCUCCUCAUUUAAUCUCCACAACAGGGGUCAGCAAACUUUUUCAGCAGGGGGCCGAUCCACUGUCCCUCAGACCUUGUGGGGGGCCGGACUAUAUUUUGAAAAAGAAAUAAAUGAACGAAUUCCUAUGCCCCACAAAUAACCCAGAGAUGCAUUUUAAAUAAAAGGACACAUUCUACUCAUGUAAAAACACACUGAUUCCUGGACCGUCCGCAGGCCGGAUUGAGAAGGCGAUUGGGCCGGAUCCGGUCCCCGGGCCUUAGUUUGCCUACCCAUGCUCCACAACAACCCUCUGAGGUAGGUUAGGUUGAGAUGCAGUGACCGGCCCAAGGUCACCCAGUAAAAUUCAUGGCUGGGGAUCUGAACCCUUGUCCCCUUAGGUCUGACACUCUAACCACUAUAGCACCCCACCUGCUGCCUCCCAUAAGAGAUGGUAAAAUUUGGUAAUGUUGUGUACUCUGAUACCUUCUGAGAGCUAACUUCUAAUAGUGAGGAGUCGCCCAUUUCCAUACUUGGUGUCUUAAAAAUGCCUUCCUUCCCCUAAGCAUUCAUGGGUUGCCAAAGUAAUAGCCAUAUUUUCCCAAUUUUUACAGAAGUGCGUUAACAGUGUUUGAGAGUUAAUGGAGUAGAAUGAGUACUGUGUUGAGGAAGUCAGAUUAUGGAAGUAAGCAAAGGGGAAAAGGACAUUUAAAAAAGCACGCAUCUUGUAUGUGUUGCUUCACAGCACUAAUGUCCUCUGGACUACAUUUGUGAAUUCAUCUAUAUGUAUAAUCAGUAUUGCUUUGAAAUGUUUUCGUCUUCAGUAGGAGCCUUACCGCUGUGUUCAGUUCGGUGAUUUUUUCCCCUUUUGUUUUUGUAUAGCUCCACUCAAAGGGAUACCUAAACAAGCACCUUUCAGGAAUCCCACUACCCCGAGUGUAUUUAGCCCUGCCGGAAACAGAACUCCGAUUCCACCCUCGAGAACUCCUCUGCGCAAAGAGAGAGGAGUAAAGGUAUUUAUGCAGUUUCAAGUGUUCUUUCCUUGACACUCUCCCUUGCCUUCUGAAUAUUCAGUCUUUUAAAAGUUAAAAAACAACAGCCCUGUGUAUUUGUCCAACUAGCUUGGGUGUUAUUUCAUUAUUUCAUUCCUGUUGUGUUUACGCAGUUUUGUUUUGAUUUUUAAUUAAAAAAAUCACACAGUACUCUUUGGUAUUGUGAGGUACAGUAUGGAUACAUAUACUAAAUUCGCUUCCCCCUGUUAAUAUUGUAUAAGGGAAGUAGCUCUAACAUGAUGCAUGUAUGUAAAAGGUAGACAGGGCAAUCCAUGCAUCAGAAGCUAGUAAACUCUGCAAUAAAUGUGAAAGUAAGUGUUCGUUUGGUGUAUUUGUAGUUACUCGACAUCUCGGAGUUGGAUACGGUUGGUGCUGGCCGGGAAGCCAAAAGGAGAAGAAAGACCUUAGGUUAGUAUAUAUGGUUACAAACUGGUAUAUAGGGUUAAGUACAAAGUCUUUUGUACUUAAUCUGUCAAAUUAAAUUUAGAGCUAAAGGAUAAUUGUUUGCUUCUCUGUUCAUUUGCCACUUAUUAAAGCUGCUGUGGAAUUAUAGGGAGUUGAGAUUUGAUAAUAUGGAAUAAUUGUCUGUGUUAACUUGUGAUAGGCUUGAGAGAGCGAACAAUUCACAAUCGGGCACCUGCUUGCGGACCAGUGGAGAGGUUUGGAAAAUAGUAACACACAUAAUUUGAAAAAUAUAUGCAGGGAAACAAAAGGGAAUAUUUAAAUCAUUAGUGAUUCAUCUAUCUAAAUCUGUUUUCAUUAAUAAAGAAAAACUACUAUAUGAAGGCUGCCAUUCGCUUGGACUCACCUAGGGAGGCAAAUUGAAUUGUUCUGUUGUAUUUGUACACAAAUUUGGCUGGAUCUGAGAGUUAGCAAAAUGAAUAGAAUAGAAUAGCCAUGGGCCACAGCAGAAUAAAACAACAUACAGAACAUUAAAAUUUCCAUAAAGGUGCACAGGUGGUAGUUAAGAUUAGUACAUGAGAAUGAAUACAGUACAUGAAAUAGGAAAGGCUAACCCUGCAUAAAUCCAGAAUGAAGUCCCUAAGACAGUUGGAUGGUGCCUAGUACGCCUCUUUCUGGCAACUGCAGCUGAGCUGGUGCCCAGCAUUAUUUGUCUGCUUUCCUUUGGACCACAUCAGUGAGGAGGGCCGCCGAAACCACAUAACACCAGUCUUGAAAGACCUACAUUGGCUCCCAGUACAUUUCCGGGCACAAUUCAAAGUGUUGGUGCUGACCUUUAAAGCCCUAAACGGCCUCGGUCCAGUCUACCUGAAGGAGCAUCUCCACCCCUAUUAUUCAGCCCGGACACUGAGGUCCAGCGCCAAGGGCCUUCUGGCGGUUCCCUCACUGCGAGAAGCCAAGUGCAAGGGAACCAGCCAGAGGGCCUUCUCGGUAGUGGCACCUGCCCUGUGGAACGCCCUCCCACCAGAUGUCAAAGAGAAAAACAACUACCAGACUUUUAGAAGACAUCUGUUUAGGGAAGCUUUUCAUGUUUGAUGGUCUAUUGUAUUUUAAUAUUUUGUUGGAAGCCAUCCAGAGUGGCUGCAAAACCCAGCCAGAUGGGAGGGCACAAAUAUUAUUAUUAUUAUUAUUAUUAUUAUUAUUAUUAUUAUUAUAUUGUUGUCUGGGCAGUCCAGGACCUCCAUACACACUGCCCAGGCUUGCACCCCAAGGAAGUUACUUUGGUGCUACAAACGCAGCAGUUUGACUUCACCCCUGGAGGCACAUUCCAUUGUCUCUCGAGACAGAUGCCAAUAGAGUAAAAGCUUUCUGAAUUUCUAUUGUCACGAGACAUAAUGGAUAUUAUUUCAUAUUGAUGCUGUCAUUUUGCACACGUUAAUCAUUUUGUUGGUUCUUGAGGACGUGAGAGCGGUUAUGUCCGUUCUGAGUUCCUGCAGCCCAGACUUGACUUCCAGCUGUUUCUUGUACCAUUCCCCUGUGGAAUCGGUGCUUGUAAAGAGAGUUCAAAAUUCGGAAGUAUUUUUUGGAUUUUUAAAAAUUCUUUAUUUGGGUAACCAAAACAAGGUAGCAGUUAUGGCUAAGUAGCUUCUAUGUUUGUUAUUGGUGUAGAUACAGAAGUGGUGGAAAAGCAAGCAAAAGAAGAGACAGUCGUCGAAAAUGCUACUCCGGACUAUGCCGCUGGUCUCGUAUCUACUCAGGUAGGACUUAGAACGGUAUUGAAUAUUGGGCUGCUUUCUAAGCCUCAUCCAUGCAGGUCUCUGCUCUCCAAUCACAGGCACAAACAAUGUACCCUGAAUUGUCAAAAUUAUUUUUGAAAUAGUUUAAGGAUGCAUGUGCUGUUUUACAGAAAAUUGCCUCUUUGAACAAUGACCCUGCCCUAGCUUCUACAAGCUAUCUGCCUGCAGCACCCAGUGUCGUUCCAUCUUCCUCUUACGUUCCAAGUUCCGACACCACGCAGCCCGGUAAGUGACACAGUUUCCCAUUACUACACUUCUGAAUAUGUUUGUUACUGAUAUGUUCCACAUUGUAAAAACGGUGACACUCAAAAGGCUAUGGCAAGUACUUUCAUCAGAAUAAUGUUUUAAAACAGUGCGCAGAGUGCAAGUCAAAUGAGGACACAUCGCCUGCAACAAGCUUUGAAUCUGUUCUGCAUUCAAACAGCCAAAAAUACCUGAAUUCAAGGAAGAUGUGCAGGGCUUCGGUUUCUAUAAUAAGCCCAAAGAUAAUAACAAUAUUGCCUAGAGCUGAGGUGGGAAACAUUUUUGGCUCAGUAAGCUCAAUCCUUAUCUACACACACACACACACACACACACCGGCAGGUGGAAGGAACAACUCACCUGCCAAUCAUCCAACAACAGUUGAUUGGCACCUGUCAGAGUCAGUUCGUCAGUGUUUCCCAACCAGCUGGUUGCCUGGUGCUCCAGAAGCCCUGCGCAAAGGCAUUGCAAGCCGCUGGGAAGCCCUGUGCAUAGGGUUGCAGGUGGUUCUCAGCCGUGCCUGCUAAGCCACUUCGAGGGAGGCCCCACCACCUGACCCACAUGUAUGACAUCAGGUGUAGGGCAGAUGGGCAUGGCUUGCUAGAAGCAUCCUCCCUGGGCCAAAUGGGUAGGCCUGGUGUGCCGGAUUAGGCCUGCAAACUGGAGAUUCCCUAGUCUGUACUAAAGUUACAAUGCAAAUGUAUGAAGCAGUAUCAAACUUGUUGUGAAUAAUACUUACUGAGACUGAAUCCUUUCUGGGCCUGGUCUGUGUGCUAUCAUGUAGAGACCUUGCUUGGCCAGUGAUGGAUGGAUGGAUGAAGUUUCAUCUUCCUUUAGGUUAGUUAUGUCAGCUUCUGCCCUAAUUGCCACAUCCACUCAUUUCUGUAAAAUGACAGGAUUCUCUCAGUUAACAUCCCAGGAUGCAAAAAUCAGGCUCCUCAAAGCUUCUUGGAAAAGCACUGAGGAAAUUUGUGUAGCAACGAAGUACACUUGGUCACUUUGUGCUUCUUUAUUUAUUACAUUUCGCAGCAUUUAUUAGGCUGCUUGAUUGUAAUAAAACCUCAAAGCAGUUUCAUAAAGGAUUGAGUAAAAAAGAGGGAUGUGGCUGUUGAUAUUUCAACUCCAGGCAGUUGUCUGAACUCCUGGGAUAAUCUCAAAGAUUACCGGGUUUCGGGUGUCGCGUUUAAACCAGAUCCUGCAGAAACUUCUGAAGCAAACCAGAAUAUAAGCAUUUCAGAGGAAACAGAUACCAGAUGGCAUAAAGGAGGGGUGUUAACGUUUUUGUCCUCAAAAUCCACAUCUGGCGGUGGGGAGGCAUUUGGUGGCUGCAUGGCACAAUGUGGCGCUGUGGUCUAAACCACAGAGCCUAGGACUUGCCGAUCAGAAGGUCGGCGGUUCGAAUCCCUGUGAGGGGGUGAGCUCCCGUUGCUCAGUCCCUGCCCCUGCCAACCUAGCAGUUCGAAAGCACAUCAGAGUAAGAAGAAGGCUUAAGGCUUAAGAAAGCCUUAAGAAGGCUUUUGUUGUUAGGGCUAGGCGUGAUUUUUAUAUCAUUUUAUUGUUACACUGAUGCAAUCUGGAUUUAAAAAAUAAUAAUAUUUAAUUCCACAGUAUUUAAAUUAUGCUAUAUUGCAAUGCUAAGCCUUAUAGUUAGCCAUCUUGGAUUUCUGGCACGAAGCAAAGGGCAGCACAUCUAUGGUUUAAAUAAACUGUUUAUUGUGUAAACAAUCCUCUAUUUACUUUCAAGUGUCAUCUCCGAAAGUCUACUGAAUGUACUGCAAACGUCAUAUAAGAUUUGGGCUAAUGUAGGAGAACAGUGAGGGACGCGGGUGGCUCUGUGGGUUAAACCACAGAGCCUAGAACUUGCCGAUCAGAAGGUUGGCGGUUCGAAUCCCCGCGACGGAGUGAGCUCCCGUUGCUCAGUCCCUGCCCCUGCCAACCUAGCAGUUCGAAAGCACAUCAGAGUGCAAGUAGAUAUAUAGGUACCGCUCCGGCGGGAAGGUAAACGGCGUUUCCGUGCGCUGCUCUGGUUCGCCAGAAGCAGCUUAGUCAUGCUGACCACAUGACCCGGAAGCUGUACGCCGGCUCCCUUGGCCAAUAAAGCGAGAUGAGCGCCGCAACCCCAGAGUCGUCCGCGACCGGACCUAACGGUCAGGGGUCCCUUUACCUUUACGGCACAAUGUGCAGGGCGAUUCCACACUUGCACACCCUCUCUCUCACCUCAGCUUCUUCCAGCACACCCUCAGCACAGAUGUUACUGGGUAGCUGCCUCAGGAGCAUGGAGGGGAGGAGAAGGUUGAAACCUCCACAGGGCUCCCAACCAGACAACAUCUCUGCCUCCAUCCUGCUUAGUCGAGGGAUCUUUUCGCUGCUGCCCACUUGACGGCUGAUGGGUGUUCCUGGAAAGUGACUGGGCUUGUGGGGCUUUGGAAGAGUAGCUGAGGGCUGUAGGUUGCCCAAAUGUGGCUUUCCUUUUGGGUCAUGCCUUCCUCCCCUGCUCGUGUCCCAUGACUGGACUGAAGCACGUAACAUUAAUUUUAUAGGAUCUUGCCUUUGUGUGGUGCUAUUUUAUAUAUCUCUCUCUUUUUUUUUACCCAGAGGAAGUGUCAUGAGAACAUUUCCCCCUGUAUCUGGGAAGCAUGGCGUGGUAUCCCAAGUUCUUCACAUUACCCUCUGUGCAUAACCUUUGUGCAUCCAUUUUUGCCUUUGUAAUAUUUAGAAUCUACCUUUUUGAAAUUAGAGUUGUGAGUGUGUGUAGGGAGGGAUGUGAGAAAAGGUUUCAGAUCUGAGAGAAACGAACCUAAGCUUCAAGCAGCGAUUGGCGAGUUCAUAUCUGACAGGAAGCAGGUGUGCUGUUUCUCUUUCUGGGGAAAGGCUUCAGUUGAAUAAUCCCAGUUUGUACCCAAAUGGUGUCUUUCAAGCCCGCCCAGCACUCAGGAUUUUAAUUUCACGUAUGGCCUGAGGAAUUCUGGGUUUCUGCAAGCACCUGUGUUCCCUGUGCUGUGGAGGCAAGCAAGGAAGACAGAAAAGCAGACAAGCAAAAGCGAGGCUUUAGGUAAAUGAAGGCAGGGCAUCAGGAAGAAGGUUGAGAGACUGUCACUGCCUGUCGGAGGGGGACCUUUUUGCUAAGUUACAUGUUAUCCUUUAGUGAAAAGUAGGGAAGCGUUAAAAUUUGUAAUGAGAGUAAACGGUACGAACGCCAUUUUGUUGUUGCUGAUGACAUCUUUUGCUGCAAACAGCUGGCUCUGUCCGGGAACCCUUGCAAGCGAAAGAAGAGCCUGCGACGCCCCCUGGCACUGCUGUCCCGACUCAGUUUAAGCAAAGGACACCCAUGUAUAACAGCAACGCAAACACAGCUGCAGCGACGCCUACCUCUCCUGUGACUCCUCCCGCCGCCCCUCCAGCAGUGCAGGCGCCACCGGCGGCUCCUCCUCAGCAAGCGCCGCCCAAGAAGAACCUCUCUCUAACAGUAAGCUAAGAGAACUCUCUCACAAUGUAUAUAGACGAUUCGCUUGGAUCCUUUCCGUUGCUUCUACAGAAAUAGCCAGGCGUUUGCAAUCUUGUUUAUGAAUAUGCAGAUCUGGGUAGUACUAAACCAUAAGACCGCUAACAUUCCAGGGUAUGGAUGCUAAUAACCUUGCUGCCACAUUUCAAAAAGUAAAAACCAUGAUGCCCUGAAAGUUGUUGAUUUUUCAAUUGACUUGCCUAAGAUCCAGAGCAAAGCACCUCCUUUCGGAAAUCCACCCCCCCCCAUGUCAAUUCUGCCUUUGAAAUCCUGGUAAUGUCUGGGAAAAUCCGAGUGUAUGGCAGCCCUACCUUGUAGCUCUUUAAGAACACUUUCAGGAUUUUCUUUGAUUACAAAUAGACCUCAAUACUGAUGAGAACUGAUGUGUGCCCUGCCUGUACAACUUCUGACCCACUAAGGAGGUUCAGGUGGCACCUUCAUUAUACACCUUUAGACGCCAGGCAAAAACGUUCUUCUUUAACAAGGUCUUUGAAAUGUGUUGGUGGGGUUAUUGGGUUGUUCUAGUUUUUAUUUUUAUUACGUACUUUGUGUUUUUAUGUUGUGACAACCCAUCUUCCACCCGUGCCCAUGAGCCAGUUUUGAGAAGUGGGUGAGACCGCUCACCUGUCAGUUACCAGAUGUCAUAAUGGCUUCAGGUCAUUGAGACCUGCCAAGGGCUUGAAGGAGAGGUUGCUGCAACAGCCCUUCAGCUGAAUGGUGGUUGCAGCAAGCUCCUUUGAAGAUGUGCCAUCAAAGAUGCUGCAACUCCUUUGAAGUCUCUUUGGGGCGGGGCGGCAUGCUCUUAAAAAGCAGAGAUUUUCCCUUCCACAGAAAGAGCUGUUUGGAUUCAAGGGUCUUCCCCCAGAAAAAUAAUAACUACAUUUUGAAGUGGGGCACUUUGAACUCUCCAGAGGAAGCAGCUUGGAUUCCUAGAGCACUGGGGGGAGCAGCUAGAAUCCAGGGUGACUCCUCCAGGCCCCCUUGGUUACACCAGGGAGUUCAGCUGAUUUUCAGUGCUCUCGGUGAGCCCUUUAAACCCCAACAACUGGCUGAUGGUUGGGGCUUCCGUGUAUCUCCCAGAGGGCUUUGCAUUCAUUUACCUUUCUAUUUGGGUACUUGGCCAAAAAAACCCAGAAAGAUACCCAAGUGAUGGCCUGCUCUGUACCUCUAUCUUGGAAUAUAAUAGUAGAUUUAAGACACACAGAGAGAGAGAGAAUAUCAGCUGCAAGAAUAUGAAGAGCUCUGGCCAACGUACCGCUCUUGACUAUAUGAAAAAUAGAUUAGAAUGAAAGCUCUGAGGUUCUAUCGAGGGGCGCUGAUGCUUUUUCUGUUCCAGCACAAGAUAAGGGAUUUGCCAAUUGAGAAACAAUGAGGCUGGAUGCUUAAGUUAUUUUCUGUUCUCCCGAUCAUUUCCUCUCCUGAAAUAAAAUCUUACUGACUCUUCCUUGCAGAAGGAACAAAUGUAUGCAGCGCAAGAAAUGUUCAAGACAGCAAACAAAGUCACGAGGCCAGAGAAGGCUCUCAUCCUUGGGUUCAUGGCUGGAUCCAGAGGCAUGUAUUCUGAACUGUAUUUCUUUGCCUUGAAUAUCAAAGCCAGGUGCCUGGAUAUAAUAAUAAUAAUAAUAAUAAUAAUAAUAAUAAUAAUAAUAAUAAUAAUAAUAAUAAUUUAUUUAUACCCCAGCCACUCUGGGCAGCUUCCAACUGAAUAUUAAAAACAAUAAAGCAUUAGACAUUAAAAACUUCCCUAAAGAGGGCUGCCUUCAGUUGUCUUCUAAAAGUAAAAUAGUUGUUUAUUGCCUUGACAUCUGCUGGGAGGGCGUUCCACAGGGCAGGUGCCACUGCUGAGAAGGCCCUCUGCCUGGUUCCCUAUAGCCUCACUUCUCGCAGCGAGGGAACCGCCAGAAGGCUCUCGGCGCUGGAUCUCAGUGAACGAUGGGGGUGGAGAUGCUCCUUCAGGUAUACAGGACCGAGGCUGUUUAGGGCUUUAAAGGUCAGCACCAACUUUGAAUUGUGCUCGGAAACGUAGUGGGAGCCAAUGCAGAUCUCUCAGAUAUUGUGGCUGGCAGGAUCAGGGAUAACUGGCAAGGUCAGAUGAAGACAUCUUAUGCAGAGGCCUGGGAUGCAAAAGGCUGCUUAAUAAUCCCAGAGGCAUUGCAGUGACCUUCCUCUUGGGGGUGGCGUAGGGGAUCUGUGUGCACUGAGAUACAAAGCUAUCCUUGAAUGUCGUAGGUGCAAUUAUUUCAGAAUAGCAGCACAGACUUGGAAAUAAGUAUAUGAGGGUGCUGCUGGUGUGUACCAGAGCAGAUCUUGUUUUCUGCAUUGCUCCUGGCCUGAACCGUUUUCCGUUUGCUAAGCUCCCGCCUGUGACGUGUGUCUCUUGUUGCUUCCACAGAAAACCCUUGUCAAGAACAGGGCGACAUAAUUCAGAUCAAACUGAGCGAACACACGGAACUGCUGCCAAAGGCUGAUGGCACAGGAAGCACCACGAUGCUGGUGGACACGGUUUUUGAAAUGAACUACGCCACUGGCCAGUGGACCAGACUGAAGAAAUACAAACCAAUAACUAACGUUUCUUAAACAAUUCAGUAAUAAAGUAUAGACCAAACAGACCAUAGAAAAAGCCAGCAUUGUACAUAGUGUGUUGACUAGGCAGAACAACAUUCCCGUUUAGGCCUCAUUGUACUCGCGGCGAUCAGUUCCGGAAGCAGGAAGAAAAAGAGCAAAAUGGCAAUGCUUGUCUUUAUUAUUCUUGUCUAAGAGUCCCGGGGGUGUGUGUGUGUGUGUGUGUGUGUGUGCGUGUGUGCAGCGAUUGCAGCAGAUUGAAGAGCUGAAAUGCUUCUACCUUUUGCAGAAAGAUUUAUGUUCAAAUGUCGUGAGAGGAAUUGCCUUCCAGUUGAGACCAUUCUUUGCAGCAGCGAGGCCUACUUUGACUCUAGGUUCUGCGUUUAAAAUGGGCACGGCUGCAUUUCUCUUCUUUGGCUUAGGACGUGUUGGAUACCCCCCCCCCAAAUAGUGAUUGUGAAAACAUGAAGGGUAACGCUGUUUGUUUGUUUGUUUGUGUAAAGCCCAACAGCACAGUCGAUUCAUAGGACUGCGUAAUGGCAGAUACAUCAACUUACAUGCAUCUGUCCUGUAAACGGGCUACUUUUUUUUACAUGUAUACAUUUUAAAAAAUGUAAAGUAGCACUAAAGACCAAAAGGUUAAGGGGUUUGUUUUGGUCUGGAUGGCACCUAAUUUCUUCUGUGUGGAAAUGCAGGACUCUUGAUUUGCCCUCUUUAAAGGUUCAGCUCUGCUUCAGGGUCACUUAACUAAGUUCUGAGAAAUUGAAGCAUGUUGCUUUUAUGUUGGAACCAGCCCUUCUCCCUCCCGCUUUUUUUUCCCCCCAGCUGGUACCUUUUGAAUCUACCAAAGACUGGCCUUCGAAACAGUGUCUGUGAAUGUCAUGGCAUGAAGUUACUUUGGAACAGCAUCCCUGUGUCCAUGUUGGAUUGUGUUAAAUACGAGUCAUAUUGGCAAUUGGCUGGCACACCUCUGAUUUUUCCAGGGUUAAUUUAGCUACCGUUGCUGAAGAUGGAUUUAUCAAGGAAUGGCAUCCUUCGGAAUUCCCCCCCCCCCAUUCACACGGACGUUACCUGCAGCUUUGCGAGACCGGAGAGCACCUUUUAGCAGCAGUCCUGUUGCAAAAGGCUCUCAGAGGGAGAAACGGAGGAGACUGCCUUCGGAGCAGUUUCCUAACUGCCGUGCUUUCGGAACUUGAUCAUUUCAACAGUUUAUGCUUGGACGAUAAUAUAGAAGGAAUCUUACAACUGGCAUUUCCACAAGAAAUGGUGGGUACAGUUUUUUAAAAAAAUAAAUAAAGCCGAUGUCGAAGAGAGGCACAGAUCAUUCGCAGUGUAAGAUACAAGAGAGCUUUGUGUCAGCCCGGGCUUUAAAUUGGAGCAAACUGGAUGCUAGCUUUUAAGCCAGGCUUAUAUUGGCAUUUAUCAAACUGCACCUGAUCAGAGAAUCCACUUAAGAGAAUCUAAAGCUAGGAAAAGAGACAAGGUCUUAUUUUACAUUAUAUCCUGAUGUAACCAAGCUGUGUCUCAGUGGUCUCUGGUUUGAUGUCACUUGCCCCGAACUUGAAGGGUGGGAAUGAGUAUUGACAAUAGAAUAACCUUUGUUCUGGGAGGAAAAAAAUUGCUCCUCAGCCAAACGAUUAUUAGGGAUCAGUAGCAAAUGUAAGGUUUCAGGAAGGGUUCCAGAUAAGGUCACAUAUUUAUUUAAUUUUGUAAACAGCUAAUGCUAGACUGGGACGCGGGUGGCGCUGUGGGUAAAAGCCUCAGCGCCUAGGGCUUGCCGAUCGAAAGGUCGGCGGUUCGAAUCCCCGCGGCGGGGUGCGCUCCCGUUGCUCGGUCCCAGCGCCUGCCAACCUAGCAGUUCGAAGCACCCCGGGUGCAAGUAGAUAAAUAGGGACCGCUUACCAGCGGGAAGGUAAACAGCGUUCCGUGUGCUGCGCUGGCUCGCCAGAUGCAGCUUGUCACGCUGGCCACGUGACCCGGAAGUGUCUCCGGACAGCGCUGGCCCCCGGCCUCUUGAGUGAGAUGGGCGCACAACCCUAGAGUCUGUCAAGACUGGCCCGUACGGGCAGGGGUACCUUUACCUUUACCUUUAAUGCUAGACUAUGAAGUAAUACGGAUUAAAAACAGGAUGGUGGGGGUUUUUUUUGGCCAUUUGUUUUGGUUUCACAGAAAACCCCCAAAACAUAACUAUCAGUUUGGCUAGCCUUUAAUUCAGAAUCUUUUAUAGUUUUUAUAUUUUUGAAAUUAGAAGCUACGAAAAGGUUAGUAUGUUGAGCGUUUUAAAAUGGCAGCUGGCAAGAUGUAAGAGACCUGACCUCUAUUCUAGUUCUCUCACAUCUAAAUUUCAGCUAUGAUAGGAAGGCCAAGUGUUUAGGACAUAAGAUUUUUAAAAAAGGUUUAGCAGCUACCACAAACAAUGUGAUUGUUUUUUAAAAUGUUAAUUAUUUUGACAUGUUUAUCUUGUUCCUUUUUUUUUUUUUUUUGGUCAGUUUUGAGUAUGGCAUGAAUGUUAAUGGCAAAUUAUUCAGAUGGGAAUGUUGUUUAAAACAUAAGCUACAAGUUGCAGGUUUAAUCUUGUAAAGGUUAAAAUGAUAUAAACCAAUGGAUCAAAAGUUCUGCACGCCACGAUAAUUAAACAUUGAGAACAUGAUCAGACAGUUCUAGAAGUGAGGAUAAAGAAAGCAUUUGAAUGUCUGUGAAUAUUUUGGAAAUAACAGUACAGAUGUUUGAAAUACAGAUGUGCUUGCCAGGGCAGACAAUAACAGUAAGCAAAGCACACACUAGUUUCAACACGAUAGCAUAUUGUAUUAGCCACAAUAUGCCACACAUCUUGGCAAAUGGAAGUUUGCAUUCCCUUUUCUGAUGUUUAGUUCAUUUAGUGGGUACAAAAAUGCUUACUGGGGGGUCUGGUGAUGUUUAAAUUUGCUGGAAGGAAGCUAGAAGUGAAACUAUAUUAGCUAAACACCACCAGUUGAGGUGCUUAAGAGGCAAUAUGCUCUGUAAAGAGAUUUUUUGUGUGAAACCUCCCAUCUUUUGUAACCUGUUGACAUACGUAGCCAAAGCUGAACAGCUUGUUUCGUGGUAGGAGGAAGCCAAUUCAUGUUACAAUUUGAAGGUAGGGGUGUCUCCAGAGGGUCUUGAGAACAUGCUUUUUACAUGUGAUAACCAUUCCCAAUUCUUUUUUGUCACCCAUCAUUAAUGUGGGAAGACUUCUUGCCGGUUUCAAAAUAAUAUAUGAACCCUCUCAUUAGGGAGAGAAAUUGCUAAGUCUCUUCAGAGGGGGAGAUCUACAACAGGCGAAUACAAUCUAAAAUGUGCGACCCAGUUGUGAUGCAACGAAGAUCACCGCUGCCAGACAUAGCAAGACAAAGAGGCCACUCCUUUCAUCGCUGGCAAGAUCGUUCUGCUCAUCCAUCCUGGAUCUUCAGCCUGAGUGAUGAAAGAAGCCAGACGCGAACGGCUGUCACAAAAUUUCAGUUUCUUUUUGCCCGGUUAUCAAGAGCAAUUGAAGCCCACCGGUUCCAUUGACAAAGCUUUAAUGCAGACCUUGACCCUAAAGGGUUAACUGCACUUUGAAAAAUUCAGCUUUGGCUCUUGCCUUUGGUAACCACACAACUCUUUCCCCCACGGAUCAUGUUGAAGUGACACUUGCCAAACUUAUCGAAGGUACUUUGAUACUGUAGCUUGGAAUUGCAUUUUCACAGCAAAAUCUGACAUCGGAGAAAUGUUUUAAGACCAGGCAAAAGUUUUAAGUCGGAGCCCUCUGGGAAACUGGUACCUUUAUAACAAGCAAUGUUUUGUAAAAUGUUGCAUGUUUUCUAAUCUAUUUUGUGUUUGUACAGAUGUAAAUUCAAAACCUCAUGUCCUUGGGUACAUAUUUUCAGCAUAAUAUAGUAUGUAUAAUAAAGUUCAGAUUUUUCUAAUAA